GCAAUCAGCUGCUUAGUCAUAAUAAUGAGAUGUCAUCACCGUGGUUCACCGCAAUCAGAUUCCUUCAGGACUCAUUACGGAACGUGCAGAGACUAAUGCCGGUUAGGGUAGAGUUGGUUGCCAAAAGUGCUCGUUCAUCUUCAGUAAUGCCUUGCUUUUGAUUUAUUUUGCACCUCUGCUGAAUGAGAAGAGAAAUCAAAGUGCGUCAUUCGUGUUACGUGGCCAUAGCCGCUACUUAAGCAGAUCACUACGUUCUAAGUGUUUCCUCUAGUACUUGUAGGCGGUGUCGGGAAGCAGAAGAGCAGCUUUCUGAAAAAACUGGCAACAGCCAGCGGCCCAGUUAUGGCAGGAUACAUUGCUAUACCACUUAAAAAGACCUCGGAGGUUGACCUAAUCAAACCAUUAACACAGGUAUUUUCGAGUUUAUAUACAGGCAAAGAUGAGCAGCAAGAGUAUCAGGCGGCCCUCCAAACCUUAAAUUCGAUGCGUAAAAAUGCAACAUGGAGAACACUCGACAAACAUCAGUCGUCCGUGGAUGCCAUGUCGACCUACUACGAUCAGUUGGUGUCACUUGAAUCGAAAGUUCCCGCACACGACGUACAAAUUCCAUUCAAGUGGAAGGAUGCCUUUGAUAAAGGAGGGUUUUUCGGAAGUUCGAGUAGUUUGACGCUAAUGUGCCUAGGCUAUGAGAAAAGCUGCAUCCUGUUUAAUUACGGCGCAAUGCUGAGCCAGAUCGCGGCCAGUCAAGGAGCCGAUACGACAGAUGAUGAGUGUCUGAAGACGUCUACAAAAUAUUUUCAGAUGGCUGCUGGUGUCUAUCACUAUCUUAGGUCAUCAGCCCAGACAAUCACCCAAGACAGCCUGACAGCAGAUCUUCAUCCUGAUACCCUAACUGUGCUUUACACUUUGUGUGUCGCUCAAGCGCAGGAAUGCUUCUACCAUAAAGCAGCUAAGGAUGGUAAAAGGGACGUGCUCUUAGCUCAAAUUGCAAGUCAGUGUGAAGAGCUUUAUACGGAUGCGAACAAGUUGAUGAGCAGGGAGCAGCUUCGUGGCCUGUGGGAUCGAGAGUGGUUCACGAUCGUACAGCUUAAAGAAGCUGCUUUUCGGGCGGUCACUCAGUAUCACAAGGCAAUGAGUGCUCGUGCGGAAAAAGAAGUAGGCGAAGAGCUUGCACGACUGCAAGUUGCGCUCGACAACUUCAAGAUCGUCCAGACGAAAAAGGGCCAAAUGACGUCGAUACAAAUCGGUGACCAUUUCCUUGACAUUCAACGGCGAGCAAAUCGCUACUACGAAGAAACGAAGAAAGAUAACGAUUUCAUCUACCAUGCCCGUAUUCCUGAAGUUAAGCAGCUCUGUACAAUCAAACCGGCCGUUUUGGCCAAAGCAAUCGCACUCAGUUCACCUCUGACGCAGGGUGACAAGCGUGAAGAUCUGUUCGAGUCUCUACUUCCGGUAUCCGUCUCACAGGGAUGUCAGAAGGUAGAGGCAAAGAAAAGCGAGGUAGUAAACGAAGAGAUUGGUCGACUAAAACAAGCCACGCAGCUACUAAACGGAGUCCUCGCCUCACUUAACCUGCCUGCGGCCAUCGAAGAUGUGCCCGGUGGAGCGCAGCUGCCACCCAGUAUUCAGCAAAAGGCGCAAGAGAUUCGCAGUAAGGGUGGUAUCAAGGCUCUGGAAGACAAGAUGAAUGAGUUAGGUCCGCAGCUUCAACGGAACCGGGAGAUCAUCGACGAAUCGCAAAGAAUGCUCGACGAUGAGGAACAGUCAGAUACAAUAAUGAAAAAUCAGUUCAAGGAAAAAUGGACACGCCUGCCGUCUUCUAAGCUUAAUCAGACCAUGCGCGAGACUGUGAACAAAUACCGUAGUGUUAUCGACAAAGCGGUAGUAGCCGAUCAGGUCGUGCAAGAGAAAUUUCAAAAGUUCCGCUACUCAAUCGUACUGCUUGGAGGAUCGGAAAACGAAUUGAGCGGUAACAUACCUCAAGGCAGCACCGGUACUGCAUGCACAACCGCGCCAGAGGUAACGACCCUGCGCAAACUUAUGCGAGAGGUUGACCGACUGACCAGCGAGCGGGAAGUUAUCGAAUUUGAGCUAAAAUCAGCAACGGUCAAUAUAAAGCAACAGUUUUUGCAAGCAAUGCAAGCAGACGGCGCUAUUAACGAGGCGGCAAUGACAGCCGAAGCACUUGGCCAGGCUUUAGGUGCGCUACAGCAGCGGGUUCGAGAGUCUCUAUCCACACAAGAGUCGCUGAUUUCUCAGAUUCAAAGUGCUCAUCAAGAAUUCACUCGACGCAUAGGCGGCGGUGGAGAUAAGCGUGAAGAUAUGCUCAAGAAUCUGGCCGCCGCCCAUAGCGCCUUUAACGAGAUCAUGGGCAAUCUCGACGAGGGCCUUAAGUUUUACGGGGAACUCACGAACCUGCUGUUGAACCACCAGACCAAGGUCAACGACUUUUGCUUCGCCCGCAAGACGGAGAAGGAGGAGUUGGUCAAAGAUCUGACGAAGACCCUGGCUGAGGCAGCUUCGCUGCCUGCAGGUUCACUGCCACCGACGCAGCCGGUCUAUCAGGCAUCGCAGACACCUAAGCUAGCCCCAACUAGUUCUGCACCGGCGUCCUCCCCCACUACAGCGCCACUGCCUUAUCCUAACCAGCCAACGGGUAUGCCCCAACCAGCUUAUACUUAUCCAUAUCCAGCGGGUUAUCCCAUGUACCAGGUGCCUAUGCCAACGGGCUACAAUCCGUACAGUAUGCCGCCUGGAUAUCAGCCGCCACAACCGCCUCAAAAUUAUGCCGCGUUUGUUCAGCAAUAUCCGACGGAAGCGUACAAACAGCCGCCUCCACCUCAAUAGGUCACUUCGCUUAUGGGUUGGGUGAUUUGUACGUUGUCAAAACAAAGCUAGAAUACAUAAGAAAAGCCAUGUCAUGAAGUCAUGCAACGAGUAUUGACCGCUACGCAAGCUCUAAACAUGACCAGUGACAUGUAUGCAUACACAGUUAAAAUACAAAUAUAUAUUUAAAGAUCUAUACAUAUAUGAACACUGAGUCCUAAAAUUAUUAUAAUUAUCUUAUCAUAAUUAUCGAAGUGCGUGGGAAGUGCUUUGCGUAUGCCAAUGACAUAUAUAGACAAAUUAUCAAAAUUGUCUGAGUGUUAAAAUGAGAUGAAGGUACAAAGAGGAGUUCAGUCAAUCGAUGAAACCCCUACAACGGGAACUAAAACAAUAAUAGUAACCAGCACUCCGACAGCUAAAACUAUCAAUAGCCAAAACUAAAAGUUUUUAACUAACGAAGUUGCAGAAUUUUCGCGCGGCGGAAGCAACUAAUACGAUGGAAGGAGGCUACAAAUUUUCAUAAUCUAGAAAUUUCCUAAAAUAUAUUCCUAUUUUUUAGCUGAAGAUGACCGUGAUAUAGAACUGGUCAAUAUUUACGGUUAAAACUUUACAUUUUGCUUCUCGUAAAGGUGUUAAUUGAAUGUCAUUAAAUUUACUCCAAUAAAAUAUGUGUUUUCCUUUGUAGUCUACACUAAUCAUUAAAAUGAAACUUAUAUCCCAGUGCCAAUCAUAUUUGUAAACCAAAGCAUUCGGAAUUUGAACUUGCUUAGAAACAUAAAGCUCUGCUGAGUUGUCGAUUGAUGCCUCAAAGAAUCCUAUAUAGCCGGGAGUAGAAACCUGUAAUCUUUUCAACCUGUGCAAAUGGAAAUCCAGCAAUUGCAACUAGCCUACACUCAUGUAGAGUUAAGUAUUAAAUUUAGCAGCAACGUGUACCAUAUUAUUUUAUGACCUUAAUUUAGUAAUAUACUUGAAAAUAGUUUCGACCAAUAUCGAAUGUUGAUAUCACCAUAAAAUACUUUCAUCUGCAUUUAACUUCAGUGUUUUUGACAGUCAACAGCCGCUGGUAUGUGGUAAAUUUUAGUUUUGAUAAUCAUCUGAAACUCUACCAGCGGCGAAGAUAUAAUAAAAUGAAAAAAAAUUUCACUAUCUAAGAGGUUGACAACGAGGCUACCGAUAUAGUGCUAUUUCAUGUUAAGUUCAGUUUCCCUGUGUGAAGAGACGAAUCUAUCAAUUAGUAUUUACCGUGCCACGAGUACAUUCAUAUAUUGUCGAAGGGCGGAGCCUUUGAAUAACAACGACGCUCACCAAUUAAUACCUCACGCGAUGUUUAACCUAUUCUAGCGUUCCUUCUAGGAAAGUUUCUUGACUGAUUUACUUAUUCAAAAUAAAAUUUUGAAGGAGUAUGCUA